GAGCGCGCGGGAAUAUUAUGGUCCAGUGCGCAUCGCAGGGUGCAAGAAUGAGAGAGUGGAGAGGGUACCGCUAUACUUAGCCUGCGAGAAAUGGAUCACGGGACUUUAAUUUUGAUUUGUUUUUAAUUUUUUUACGUCUACUGUGUUGAAUUGCGUUUUCUGCGUUUUCAAAACGAAAUUUUGAGGUAAUAUUUGAUAAUAACGCGUACAGUCAGACCUUUGGAUGAUAUGUUUUACCUGCGGUAGGUGUCUGUGAAUUGGACGCGAGGGCAUUCAGUUUUGGACAUGAACAAAUGAAAUGGACAUAAUCUGAAACUUGAAGAAUCAACGUGCUUGUCAGCAUUUGACAUUGGUUUUCUUUGGAUUCUAAACUAUGGAUUUUUCUGAAAAUGCCAGUGGCAUUCCUGCAGAGGAACUAGCCUUUCCAGAAAUUAUUGAACUUAACGUGGGGGGUCAGGUGUAUAUAACCCGCUACUUAACUUUAACAAGUGUGCCAGAUUCACUACUGUGGAAGAUGUUCAGCCAAAAGAGCAGCAAGGACUUGGCUCGUGACACCAAGGGUCGUUUUUUCAUUGACAGAGAUGGCUUCCUGUUUCGUUACAUUCUGGACUACAUGCGAGACCAGCAGCUUGUACUUCCAGAACAUUUCCCAGAGCAAGGGCGGCUGCAGCGAGAGGCAGAAUUCUUCAACCUCCCUGAACUUGUUCAAUUGUUGGCACCAAAGAUCAGUAAGCAGAACACUUUGGGUGAUGAUGGCUGUCAGACAGACCAAGAUGAGUCCUCGCCUGGUGCUAACAUUGCCUGCAAUCUGUCCUCUUUGGGUGCUUAUUCCAGCCUGGGAGCAGCCACAGCUGACGGCCAGCGCUCCGGAUUCAUCACGAUUGGAUGCAGGGGCUCCUAUACUCUUGGUCGUGAUUGUCAAACUGAUGCUAAGUUUCGAAGAGUGGCUCGCAUUAUGGUGUGCGGGAAGACUUCCCUUGCCAAAGAGGUUUUUGGGGAAACGUUGAAUGAGAGUCACGACCCUGAUCGCCAACCAGAUCGCUACACAUCACGCUAUUACCUGAAGUUUACUUCCUUGGAGCAGGCAUUUGACAGGCUAGCUGAUGCCGGAUUCCACAUGGUAGCCUGCAACUCCACAGGCACUUGUGCCUUUGCCCAUGUACAGACAGAUGACAAAAUCUGGACCAGCUACACUGAAUAUGUGUUCUACCGUGAGUGAUCAUACACCUGUGUUCCUGAAUCUUCUCCCUGCCUCCCAGACCAGUCAUAACCUAUGAAUAUAGAAGCUUCUAGAUCACAAUCUUCACCCCUUCACCAGACUUUCCUAUUAAAGAGCCCUUCUCCUCUACUGUGCUCAAGUGACCUUUCUUUCCAUCCAAAAUAGAAUACCUUUUCCUUUCAGGUUUUUGAAUUUAAUAGCUAAUAAUUGUGCAGGGUGAUAUAAUGCCACCUGAGGUGGGACGUAUAUGAGGUGGGGCCUGAGUACUGGGGACCUAUAUGUAAAAGGGGAUAUGAUCUGAGCUGUUAUGUCAUGCUCAAAACUGUUUUUUUAGGCCUACCUGAGCGUCCAGUGCAGUUUUACAUCUUGUUAAGAUCUCACCAUUUUUGUAAAUAGUAAUAACUUUUCCUAUACAUUAUUUGUUUUGCUCUAUAUUUAAAUGGAUUAUUGAGAUGCAUUGUGUUUUAUUUAAAAUUAUUUUGAUCAUGAAGAGGACAAUACUUCAUAAUCAAUAAGAUAUUUAAAUUUUAUUUAAACAUUUUAAUAUGGUUUUAUACAGUGACUAAUUGCUCUAUUCACAUUCAUUGCAACCGCAGGACACAAUCGCCACAACCUGUUACAAAUCCACAAAACGUCCUAGUUUAUGAGAUGUCAUUUGAUAUUACAAAAAUCAAUCAGUAAUUUCUGUUAGGAUUAAAUAUUAAACGUAAUCCUUCAUAUUCAUUUCCUGAUAGUCUUUUAAAGGUUCUGCUUUAGCUGUGUCUUAAGUGAAAUGCUAGCAGAAAGGUGUUUUUAUUAAAACACGAAUAGAACAAAUUCAUUAAUUAUCUAUUUUUGUCCUAAUUGUAAAACAUACAAAUGUAUUAUAUAGUAGUGUGUGUGUGUGUGUGUGAGAGAGAGAUCGAAGAUUAGCUAAACAGGCAAACAUAUACAAACACCUUUUCCACAUGUAUGUCCAUUCAGAUUUAUGAAGGGUCUAGAUUUGCACUGAUUUGAAUAAUAAAAACAUUGCAUCUGAUUAUUAUGAAA